CCAUGGUCCGGCCCUGUCCCGCCAUGGCCGCGCAGCUCCCGGGCCUUGUGCUCUGCCCGCUGCGCUCCCGCAUCCUCCGCAGCCGCCCCUUCGCCCGCUGCUUCCAGGUGAGCGCCGCCAAGAAGGCGAAGGAAGCCGGCGAUGAGGCGAGCCAGGCGCUGAGCACGGAGCAGCAGGAGCGCAUCCGCAAGAACAAGGAGGCGGCGCGGCAGCUGCUGGCGCAGCGGAACGUACCCCCGGGCUUCGGCGAGAGCUGGCGGCGGCAGCUGGCCGGGGAGUUCUCCAAGCCCUACUUCGUGGAGCUGAUGGCGUUCGUGGCCGAGGAGAGGAAGCGCUACACGGUGUAUCCGCCUCCCGAGCAGGUCUUCACCUGGACGCAGAUGUGCGACAUCUGGGAUGUAAAGGCUGUCAUUUUGGGGCAAGAUCCAUACCAUGGACCUAAGCAAGCUCAUGGGCUCUGUUUCAGUGUCCAGAAGCCUGUUCCACCUCCCCCCAGCUUGGAAAAUAUUUACAAGGAGCUUUCUGAGGACAUUGAGGGCUUCACCCACCCUGGCCAUGGGGACCUGACAGGCUGGGCCAAGCAAGGAGUGCUCCUGCUCAACGCGGUGCUCACGGUUCGGGCUCACCAGGCCACGUCCCACAGGGAGAGGGGCUGGGAGAAGUUCACGGAUGUCGUGGUGUCCUGGCUCAACAAGAACCUGCACGGGGUUGUUUUCAUGCUCUGGGGAGCCUAUGCCCAGAGGAAAGGCAGCUCCAUCGACAGGAAGCGUCACCACGUCCUGCAGACGGUUCAUCCCUCACCCCUCUCUGUCAACAGAGGGUUUUUCGGCUGCCGGCACUUCUCCAAGACUAAUGAAUUCCUCAAGAAAUCUGGGAAGAAGCCCAUCGACUGGAAAGCACUCUGAGCUGGGGCUGAGGCUUGGGAGCAGC